AUUAAGCAUUAAACAAAAGGAUAUUGUUGAAGAAAUUAAAGAAGAAUGGAAUCAAAAAUUGAAAACAGAAUUUAAUCAAAAAUUACAUGAAUUAUUAAAGAGAAGUAUGGAAGAAUUAUCAUUACUCAAAGAAAAAGAGCUGAAAAGAAUAAAAGAAAUACAAAAAGAAUUAAAUGAAUCUAUACCAAAGAGAAUUGAGGAAGAACUUAUAAGUAGAAAUGAUGAUAUGUUAAAAGAUAGAAAAGGUUUGGAGAAUAAAUUAGAAACCGAUUUAACAAAAGAACUGAAUAAAUUAAUCAAAGUAAAUAAUGAUAUUAUAUUAGUAAAUAAGCAAGUAUGGGAAGAAAAAUUGCAAAAAAAAUUUAAAGAAAAUUUAAAAUAUCAAAUAAACAAAAAAGAAAAGGAAAUUGAAAAAAUUAAAGAAAUAAAAGAACAAUUAAAUAAAGAAAUUCCAAAAAUGAUAAAGAGUGAAUUGGAAAAUGAAAAUUAUGAAACAUUAAAAAAUAAAGAAGAUUCAUUGAAGAUAAAAUUAGAAUUAUAUUUGAUAACAAAUAUUGAUAAAUUAGUAAAUGAUAAGGAUAACAUAAUAGAAGAAAAUAUUAAGGUAUGGAGAAAAAAAUUAGAAGAAGAAUUUAAACCAAAAUUAAAUAAGAAAUUCCUUGAAAAAGAAAAUGAAUUGCAAAGUAUAAAAGAAAUAAAAGAACAAUUAAACAUACGUAUUCCUGAUAUGGUUGAAACAACAUUAAAAGAGAAGAGUAUAGAUAUGCUAAAAGAUGGACAGUUGGAAAAGAUUUUAGAAAAUGAUUUGAUAAAUAUUAUUCAUUCUCUAGUCGAAGAAAAAAAUAAUAUAAUACAUGAAAAUAAAGGAGAAUGGAAAGAAAAAUUGGAAAAAGAAUUUAAAGAAAAAUUAAAUGAUCGUUUCAAACAAAAACAAAAUGAAAUUCAAAGAAUAAAAGAAAUACAGGAUGUAUUAAUAGAAAAAAUUCCACAUAUAAUUGAAAAAGAAUUCAUAAAUGAAACUUAUGUAUCAUUCAAAGCUAAAGAAAGUACACUAAAGAAUAAAUUAGAAACAGAUUUGAUAACAAACAUAAGUAACUUAAUACAUGAAAAGAAUAACAUCAUACAAGAAAACGUAAGUACAUGGAAAGAAAAUUUAGAAAAACAAUUUAUGUUAAUAUUAAAUAAUAGAUUCAUUGAAAAAGAAAAGGAAUUACAAAAGAUAAAAGAAAUAACUGAUGAAUUAAAUGAAUUAAUCCCCCAAAUGAUUGAAACAGAAUUAAAAGAAAAAAAUGCAGAUAUGUUAAAAGAUACAAACCUGAAAAAUACAAUGGAAGACACUUUGAUAAAAAAAGUAGAUACAUUAAUAGGAGAGAGCAAUAUAAUAAUAAAUGAAAAUAAGGAACAAUGGAAAAAACUAUUGAAAGAAGAAUUUAAACCUAAAUUACAUAGCGAGUUUGACAAAAAGGAAAAGGAAUUACAAAGUAUAAACGAAAUAAAACAAAAAUUAAAUAACGACAUCCAGACCAUAAUUGAAGAAGAAUUAAAGGACAAAGACGAAGAAACAUUAAGAGUUAAGGAACAGGAACAUAAAUAUAAUAUUGAAGCUAGUUUGAAAAAAACUAUAGAUGGCUUAACAAAUGAAAAUAAUAAUAUUAUCGAUAGAAAUAAGAAAACAUGGAAAACUAAACUGGAAGAAGAAUAUAUAGAUUUAUUAAGAGAAAAAUUUAGAGAACGAUUAAAACAAAUAUUAAUGACACUAAAGGAGAAACGAGAAAAAGAAGAAGAAAUUAAAAGGCAAAAAGCAGAGGAAGAAAGGAAACAACAAGAAUUAAAAUUGAAACAAGAAAAAGAAUUGGAAAGAAAGAAAAUCGAGUUAGCAGAAAGAGAACAACACAUAAAAAGUAAACUAGAAUCUGAUAUGGUGAAAAUAAUAAAGGAUGAACUAACAAAAGAAAAAGAUGAAAUAAUAAAAAACAAAGAUAUAAAACUCAGACAUAGUUUGGAACAGAAAUGGUUAAAACAUUUACAAAAUAUAUUAUCGUUAAAAAUAGAUAGUCUAUUAAAUAAAAAUGAUGAGGUCAUUAAAGAUAAUGAGACACAGUUGAAAACAAAUAUAUUGAACUCAUUAAAAAAUCAAUUAUAUCUUAAUUUGAACCGUGAACUUAAUGAAAUUAUAAAGGAAUACGAAGAAAGCCAGAAAAAAAUAUUGCAUUCAAAACAACGUGUUAACGAUAGUUUAGAGCAAAAAACUGAUAGACUCGUCGAUAUUAAACCUACACAUCAUGGUGAUAUAUAUACUAAUAAACCUUCUGAUAAUGAAACUGAAAUGCUGAUAACAUCUAAAGAAAAAAAAGAUGAAACAGAAUCAACUCAAAGAUCAGGAACAGAUAAUACUAAUAGUUCGGAAAGUACUACUGGUGAUAAUACCCAUGAUCGAAAAUUUUCUCGAUCAAAGAAUUUGAGUGUUUCUGUAUACACAGCAGGAAGUAUAGCUUUAUGUGUGUUCUUAUUUUCUAGUAUAGUAUUAUUACUGAUAAAGACUAACAAUGGAGAUAACAAAUCUAAUGAAAUUAAUGAAGCUUUUGAACCGAAUGAUGAUUUUCUCUUUAAGGAGAAGGAUGAAAUCAUUGAAAUCACUUUUAAUGAUAAUGAUAGUACAAUUUAA